AGGGUGGGGCUGGUAUUUGCAAGAAUGGCAUCUAAAAACUAUCAACCAGUGAAGAGAUCGGGACACUCCACAGUAAAGGUAGGAGACUACCUAUAUAUGUGGGGUGGGGCCGGGUCUGGAGUACAAUAUGAUUUAAUGGAAGUGUAUCACUUACCAACUGGUGCUUGGGACCAGAAACCUACUACUGGUACAUGGCCACCAGGUACCAGGGGCUAUUCAUCAGUCGCUAUAGGAAAGGACAUAUAUUAUUUCGGUGGAUUUGGCAGUGUUAUUUAUGAAAACAGCUUACAUUGUUUCAAUGUGGAUUCAUUCAAGUGGAGGGAACUCUCUCCUAGUUCUGAUUAUGGUCCAAUGAAGAAGGGAUUCUGUGGAAUGGUGUCAGCUCAUUUUGACGGUGAAGAUUAUCUUGUAAUAAUUGGAGGACUAGGAUCAUCUUCUACACCUAAGCAACCUAAUGCUCAGUAUAAUAAUUAUUAUGGUGAUUUGAGAUGUAAUGAGAUACAUUAUUACAGGAUUUCAUCAGGUCAGUAAUUCUCAUCAUUG